AUGGAUAUUGAGUAUAUUUUUCUAGCAGAGUUCGACAUUGAUAAAGGAUCAAUAUUAAAAGUACAAUAUCCAACAGCAUAUCCUUAUGACUCGGAAUAUUCAAUUGCUAAUUUAAUGCUUCCUGAUGGAUCUCACAACUGUGUUGAGGAUACAACAGUAUUUUUUCUUAGAGGUAAACAAAACACACAGUCCGAUGGCAAUGAAAUAUUCUAUCAUGUACUAAAUGUCCAAAAACAAAAGAAGUAUGAAGGAGUAAGAAGAGGUGCAAGAGUGAAAAGCUUGGCAAUUGCUUCAAAAAAACCCUAUUGCUUUUCUCUCAGAGAUUUAUUGAGCAAAGCUUUAGAUCAAAUUUUUGAAGCGUAUGAUCAUACUAUGUACAGUAAGGAAAGAAGAAAAUUAGAUGAUAUUUCAGAGCUGGAUGAUCCAAAUGACUCCAAACUGAUGGAUGAUCUUGUUCAGACACUUGUUGAGCAUAUAUUCGAGACUUGUAACGGGAUCAAAAUUUCAAACACCUCUAUUUAUUCCGAACAAGAGCGCAUUUUCUGGAGAUAUGUCGUGGCCAAGACAAAAUUUACCAAUUACAACCAUACAGCUUCAUUUCAGUACGGCAAUCGAGUAGACAACAUUACUCUUUCAAUCCCUCUCUGUCUAUCAGAAAACGAGAUUCAAUACCGGAUCAACGGAAUAACGCAAAUUAGUCUUUGCAGACUAGUUAGUACCUUCAAAGAGGAUACCAUGUUAAUCUAUAAUGCAAUUUUGUAUCAGAAACGGGUUGUAUUUUUCAGCUCCCAACAAUUAGCAGGUCAAGUUGUAAAUGCUGUUCUCUCUGCCAUUGCCAUGUUUCCUGAAAUGCAUAAUUUAUUAAGAACUCGAACGUUUCCUUAUGCCAGCUUUUCUAAUUUAGAAUUUUUAAAUGUGGAAGGAUAUAUUGUAGGAGUUUGUAAUCCAAUGUUUGCCUGUAGGGAAGAAUAUUAUGACCUAUUGGUGGACAUUGACAAAGCUGAGGUUAAAGUGAAUCAAUCCUUCACAGAAGUUCAUAAGGAGCUCAAAAAAAUUGAAAAAAAAGAAAAGAAAGAUAAGAAAAAACGGAGAGGAUCAAAGCCAAAUGUUUUGGACGCAAAAUAUUCAACAACACCAGUUUCUCAAGAAAAAACUCUUUUUGAUUCGGUGUUAACAGAUACUCUCGACAUCAUUGAUACAAUUGGAAAUACAGUAGGCGUCAUUAAAUCCAAAGCAUUCGAUGACAUUUGCUAUUUGACACAAGACGACUUACGGUUUAUUAAGGAUUUAAUAGUGUUAAUUCAAUUCAAAACACCAAAGACAAACGGAUUUGAAAUGCUGGAGGAUUUAAUUCGAUCAAAAUUUUAUUCUUACUCAAAAUCAAUUGUCGAUCUGGCAUUUGAUCAAGAAAAACAAAUUCUUUAUCAACAGCAAGUCUAUCAUGGAACAUCACUGACACAAGAUCCAAUUACAGAUAACAUCAAAAAAGCGUUGUCUUGGAGAGCUACACUAUCAUUUAAGCACAACAAGAAGACUUAUAUAUCAGGAAAAAGGCAAGCUUACAUUUCACCAGAUAUCAUUGACAUGAAAAGCUGUGUUCAAAGGUUGAGAUCAACUGUGUUGAAUGAAGAAGAGCUUAUUACCAUGUUUCAAUUGUUCAUCAAACACGUCAACACUAGAGAGGAAAUAUUAGAAUUUUUGACGUUUUUUCCUGAAAAUGAAGGGGGUAUUUAUCCAAUUGCAUUAUGUACCUUACAUUCAUCAGAGUUGAUGAGGUUGUUAAGCGUUUCGUUUCUAAGAAGAAUUGAAUCAAUUGAUGAAGGAAAGCUUUUGGUUCAAAACAUGAAUAUGUUUUUGUUGCUUGGAUAUGACAGAGGUGCAAAAUUAUAUUAA